UAUUUUUACUGUGAUUUUAUUUUACUUUUACUUUUUGAGGAUAUUUUAUGAUCUAGGCAAACCAAUAGAGCUGUGCUAAAUAAUUCCAGAAAGAAUAGACAGUUGAGAAGCUCCACCACCACCCACAAUGUCUAGCUUAUCCUCUUGUCUUUCCCUAACCAAAAACCUUGCUCAUGCUUCUCUUCCAAACAACAACAAUGGCUCAUCAUCACCAACACCACCACCAUCUCUCCAUGCCAAUAAUAACACCACCAAACUUCCAUUGCGCAGCAGAACAACUCCACCAUUGCCGAGAAUGAAGCAGCAACCAAACUCGCAACGCCGCAAGCCAAAGCAGCCUACUGUCAUCGAAAUUGAACGUGUCAUUGGUGCUGGAAGGUUCCGCGAUGCUGACAACUCGGAUGUGGAAGAAAAAAAGGACGCAAAAUUCGACAUGUCGAUGAUGAACUUUAGCAAGUUUGAAGGGCCAGUGGAGAAGCAGCUCCGGGAGACAGGAGAGUGGGUGACCAAUCAAACUGAAAGAGGGUUCCGUUCCAAUGGCAAAAAUAUUCUGAAAUUUGCUUUCCUGUGGAUACUACCAAUUUGGGCUUUCUCACUCCUAGUUGCGGUUGGAGCCAUCAAGCUAAACAUCCCACUUCUUGAUGACCUCAUUAUGUGAAGCUUAAUUAUCUGUUGAAGUGUACUUCAAUACAAAUGCUCUAUCUUUGUAGAUUAGUAGGAGCGCAACUAUGUCAAACCCAUUUGGUUUACAACAUGUUAGAUACAAAUGAAAUUUCCAUGGCAACCAAGUUGAGCUAUAUUCUUAUGUUG